AUGUUGGCCUCGAUGUCGAGGCUUGCUUUAGCUGUUGCAAUUGAAAUCCACCGAAACGAAGCGCCAGUUUGGGGAAUUUUAAUACGAAGAGAACAAAAUGGAAGUAGACCCUUCGUUUCUUCAUGCCCAUCUAUAUAUCUAUCUAUUUUAGUCUGUUCAUUAAAUAUCUAUCUAUCUAUCUAUCUAUCUAUCUAUCUAUCUAUCUAUCUAUCUCAGUCUCAUCAUAUCUAUCUAUAUCUAUAUCUAUAUAUAUGUUUCUGGGGUGUCGCGUUUUUUAACUCUCUUUCUCUCUUUCUUUGUUUAUUGGUCUUUCUUUCUUUUUCUUUCUUUCUUUCUUUCUUUCUUUUUUUCUUUCUUUCUUUCUUUCUUUCUUUUCUUUUAACUUUUUUCUUUGUUUCUUACCGAUAUUUCUUUUUCUUUCAUUUUUUAUAUUUCUUUCUUUCUUUCUUUCUUUCUUUCUUUUCCUUUAACCUCUUUUGCUUUGUUUCUUACCGAUAUUUCUUUUUCUUUCUUUCUUUCUUUCUUUCUUUCUUUCUUUCUUUCUUUCUUUCUUUCUUUUUCUUUUCUUUAACCCCCCCUUUUUUUUUUUCUUUUUUCUUUUUCUUUUUUUUCUUUCUCUUUCUUUCUUUCUUUCUUCUCUAUCUUUUCUAUUUCUUUUUUCUCUCUCACUGUUUUUUCUCUAUCUAUUAUUUUUCUCUUUUCUAUCUAUUUUCUCUUUUUCUAUCUAUUUUCUCUUGUUCUAUCUAUUUUCAUUACUUCUUUCUUUCUUUCUUUCUUUCUUUCUUUCUUUCUUUUCCACUCUGCUUUUCUUUUUCUUUUUUCUCUCACUCAUUGUUUCGUUCUCUUUCUUCCCCGCUCUAUUUUUCUCUUUUUUUAUCUCUUUUCACUUUCUAUUUUCUUUCCUUCUGCCUCUUCGUUCUGUCCCUUCUUUUCUUUUUUGUUUCUUUCUUUUUUUGUUUGUUUAUUUCUUUCUUUCUUUUCCCUUCUACCUUUAUUUCUCUUUUCCUCUAUCACUUCCCUUCUCUAUCUUUCUCUCUGUGUCUUCCUCGCUCUAUUUUCUCUAUUUUUCUCUAUUUUCUUUCUUUCUUUCUUUCUUUCUUUCUUUCUUUCUUUCUUGCCUGUUCUCUCAUUUUCCUUCUUUUUCUCUCCCUUUUCCUUGUUUUUCUCUCUCUUACCUUCUUUCUCUCUCUUACUUUCUCUCUAUGUUUCUUUUUCUCUUUCUCUCCUCCUCUCUUUGCCUCCCACCCUUUCUCUGACGUUCUCCUUCCCUUCCUCUGUCCCUCUUUCUCUCUUAUUCGUUUCUUUCUCAUCAACAUAUAUCCUAAAUUUAAAUCUCUCAGUACAGAAACAUGUGAUACCUACAUCUGGUGCUAUGACCAGCUGUUUACCGCCAAAAUUAUUCUCGCCCAACCACGAAGCCUUAUUUUCAAAUGCUCAGUCACGAACGCAGGCGAUCAAAGUUCUCGACAUUUUCCAACUUCAUCUUUUUCUUUUACUUUUUUCUUCUUUUCUUUUUUCUUUUUCUUUUUCUUCUUUUUCUUUUUUCUUCUUUUUCUUUUCUUUUUUCUUCUUUUUUCUCCUUUUACUUCUUUCUUGUUUUUCUUUUUUCUUCCUUUUCUUUGUUUUCUUCUUUUUCUUUUCUUUUUCUUUUUUCUUUUUCUUUUUUCUUCUUUUUCUUUUAUUUUUCUUUUUCUUUACAUUUUUCUUUUUCUUCUUAUUCUUUUUUCUACUUUUUCUUCUCCUUUUUCUUCUUUUUCUUUUUACUUCUUUUUCUUUUCUUUUUCUUUUUUCUUCUUUUCUUUUUUCUUUUUCUUUCUCUUCUUUUUCUUUUUUCUUCUUUUUCUUUUCUUUUUCUUUUUUCUUCUUUACUUUUUUCUUUUUCUUUUUUCUUCUUUUUUAUUUCUUCUUUUCUUUUUCUUUUUUCUGUUUCUUCUUUUUUUCUCCUUUUACUUCUUUCUUGUUUUUCUUGUUUUUCUUUUUUCUUCCUUUUCAUUGUUUGCUUCUUUUUCUUUUUCUUUUUUUUCUUCUUUUUCUUUUCUUUUUCUUUUUCUUUUUUCUUCUUUUUCUUUUCUUUUUCUUUUUCUUCUUUUCUUUUUCUUCUUUUUCUUUUUUCUUUUCUUUUUUCCUCUUUUCUUUUUCUUUUUUUUUCUUCUUUUUUUUUUUUCUUUUUUCUUCUUUUUUUUUUCUUCUUUUUUCUUUUUUCUUUUCUUUUUUUCUUCUUCUUUCUUUUCUUUUUUCUUCUUUUCUUUUCUUUUCUUUUUUUCUUCUUUUUUCUUUUUUUCUUUUUUUUUUCUUUUUCUUUUUCUUUUUUCUUUUAGUUUUUUCUUUUUUUUUCUUUUUUUCUUUUCUUUUUCUUUUUCGUUUUCUUUUUCUUCUUUUCUUUUUUCUUUUUCUUUUUUCUUCUUUUUUUCUUUUUUCUUCUUUUCUUUUUCUUUUUUCUGUUUCUUCUUUUUUCUCCUUUUACUUCUUUCUUGUUUUUCUUUUUUCUUAGUUUUCUUUGUUUUCUUCUUUUUCUUUUCUUUUUCUUUUUUCUUCUUUUUCUUUUAUUUUUCUUCUUUUAUUUUUCUUUUCAUUCUUUUUCUUUUUUCUUCUUUUUCUUUUCUUUUUUCUUCUUUUUCUUUUCUUUUUCUUCCUCCUUUUUUAUUUUUUAUUUUUCUUUCUUCUUCUUUUUCUUUUAUUUUUUCAUCUUUUCUUUUUCUUUUUUCUGUUUCUUCUUUUUUCUCCUUUUACUUCUUUCUUGUUUUUUCUUGUUUUUUUUUAUUUUCUUCCUUUUCGUUGUUUUCUUCUUUUUCUUUUCUUUUUCUUUUUUGUUUUUUCUGUUUCUUCUUUUUCUUUUUUCUCCUCUUUUCUUGUUUUUUCUUUUUCACCUUUUCCUUUUUUCUUCUUUUUCUUUUCUUUCUUUUUCUUCUUUUUUCUUCCGUUUCUUUUUUCUCCUUUUUCCUUUUUCUUCUUUUUCUUUUUUCUUCUCUUUCUUUUUCUUCUUUUUUCUUCUUUUUCUUUUUCUCCUUUUUCUUUUUUCUUGUUUUUUCUUUUACUUUUGCUUCUUUUUCUUUAUUUCUCGUUCUUUUUUCUUAUUUUUCUUUUGUUCUUCGGUCAGCAAUCUCCGGCCCGCGAAGGCAUUUUGACCGGCCCGCGAGCCUGAUUACCAAUGACUCUAUUUUUUUCUUUUUUCUUUUUUUUUUCUUUUUUCUUCUUUUCUUUUCCUUUUUCUGUUUUUUCUUUUUUCUCCUUUUACUUCUUUCUUGUUUUUCUUGUUUUUCUUUUUUCUUCCUUUUCUUUGUUUUCUUCUUUUUCUUUGUUUUCUUCUUUUUCUUUUCUUUUUCUUUUUUCUUCUUUUCUUUUUCUUUUUUCUUUUUUCUUUUCUUUUUUCUUCUUUUCUUUUUCUUCUUUUUUCUUCUUUUUCUUUUUUCUUCUUUUCUUUUUUCUUCUUUUUCUUUUCUUUUUCUUCUUUUCUUUUUCUUUUCCUUCUUUUUCGUUUUUCUUUUUUCUUUUCUUUUUUCUUCUUUUUCUUUUAUUUUUCUUCCUCCCUUUUCAUUUUUUAUUUUUCUUCUUUUUCUUUUUUCUUCUUUUUCUUUUAUUUUUUCUAUUUUUCUCUAA